AAGAAAUGUGAAGCUUCGACGUGUUAUCGUACUGAAGAAUUAUUAGUUGAUUCACAGUGACAAUUGUCCGACCAAUCAGCAUUCAGAGUUAAUUUUGAUAAGAGACUGGUGUAGCAUUUCUUCUUCACAAAAUUAUUUCUCUAUUCAUUCCGAUUACGAUUAUCAUUUAGUAAAAGACUCGAAGUUACUGUUAAUUGCGGAUUUUAUACAAGUUUUAAGUACCAUGGGUAUCGAAAAUAUUUCCAACUGUUUCGGUAAAAAGUAUAAACUCGAUUUGGAAUCGAGUAAAAAUUUCGACGAAUAUAUGAAAGCAAUAGGCGUUGGACUGAUUACGAGGAAAGUGGGCCAAACGGUUAAACCAGUGGUUGAACUGAAGCAAGAAGAAGAUGGAAAGCUCACGUUGUCUUCGAAGUCAACUUUCAAAAAUGUUUCCAUAACAUUCAAUUUAGAUGAAGAAUUUCCCGAAGAAACUCUAGAUGGCAGAAAAGUAAAAUCAGUUAUUACCUUGGAAGAUAAUAAACUGAUUCAGGUGCAGAAAAAUGGUAAAGAAUCCACAAUCAUUCGUGAAUUUACUCCCGAAGAAGUAAAAAUGACAUUGAAGGUCGACGAUAUCGUGUGUACACGAGUUUACAAAGUUUUGAACGAAUAAAGAAGUUUGUCAUGUAUUUACCAAUAGAUUAAUUUAUUGGAUAUUUUUUUUUUUAUAAAAUUUUAUUUUAUAAAAAUAUUCUCGAAAUUAAAAUUUAAUCGUAAAAAAAAAUUACAUAUGCCAUAACAUACAAACAUGUCUUUUAAAUAUUUUAAGUUGAUAAUAAAUACCUAAUUUUCAACAUA